AUGGGCCCUCAGUCGGCUCUGACCGACUUUCUGGCGUCUCAUAACAUCUCCGCCCGACAAAUCCGACAGGAUGCUGAGGCAAGGCGACGGGCUGCGCAGCAAAAUGGCCAAGAUGGCCAGGCCGAGCAAAAUGGAAGUGCAUCAACCCCUGCUGCACAAGAUCCUGCCACUGCGUCUGGUCCUGCUUCAAGCUCUCCUUCGGAUUCUGCGCCAACGACCACCAAUGAAGAACUGGCGCAGGGAGCGAAACGAAAAAAGGAACAAGCCAAAGCCAUUGAGAAGAUCAAGGCCAACAAGAAAUUCAAGAGGCGCAAGCGUGAUUCUGACGAUGAGGAUGACGUUGCCCUCGCAAUCUAUGAAGAACGCGCCAGCGCUCUUCCAGGCCAGAUGGAUAACUGUGCCCUCUGCAGAAAGCGCUUCACCGUGACUCCCUACUCCAGGGCGGGUCCUGACGGCGGUCUCCUCUGCAACCCUUGCGGCAAGGAGCUCGAUAAGGAGAAAUUUGGCGCUGAGAAGUCCAAACGCUUGCGGGGUCGUGCCGGGGGCCGCCGAAAGAUGCAGAGCAACAUCCUGGAUGGCACCUACCGGCCCGGCGCAAAGAGUUUGAUGGCCCUCUGCAUCAAGACUCUUGCAAGCAAUAUCGAGCUGGCCGAGGAGCUUGGAGACCUCGCGCCGACAGUCAUAGAUAAGAUUGCCAGGGAGCUCUCCAGACGCCGGCUCCUCGAUUCAAAGACCAUCGACCUGUUUCUCCAACCUUCGGCCGACACCCUCUCUGUCUAUGACGGCGCAAAACUGAGAGAGGAUGAUCUCAUUCGCGUCUUCCAGAUGGUGCCCGGCAUCAAGAACCUGAAGAUCCGCAACGCGAUCCAAUUCAAGGACGCGGUGGUGGAGUACCUCCUAUCUCGCCAUAUCGACCUUGAGCAACUGCAUCUGCAUGGUGCAAAUCUCGUGACCGAAACAAUGUGGCGCAAGUUCCUGGAGGCGAAAGGCUCCUCUCUGAAGUCCCUUCGGGUCUACUACACGGACAAGCACUUUGGCGACGAGACCCUCAGCUUACUUCCCAAGCACUGUCCCAGCCUGCAGCGCCUCAAGGUUCAGCACAACCAGGAGGUCACGGCCGCUGGCGUCAAGGAGAUUGGGAACCUGAGCGGGCUCGAGCACCUUGGUCUCGACUUGCAGAACAAGGUGCACCCUGACGUGUUUGUGCAAGUCUUGGACAAGAUUGGACGGGGCCUGCAAACUUUGUCCCUCUCUCGGGUGCCGACGGCUGACAACACGGUCCUUGAUGCCAUCCAUGCAAAAUGCCGGUCUCUCCAGAAGCUGCGGAUCACCGACAGCGAGGUGAUGACAGACGAAGGAUUCGUUCGGCUGUUCAAAGACUGGGAGAAUCAGGGACUGAUAUUCCUCGAUCUUCAGAAGUGUCGCCAUAUCGACGCGAGAGAAGCCCAAGAGCAAGAGAACCCCGAGAACAUUGGGUUGUGUUCCAAUGGCUUCAAGGCUCUGAUGACACACUCCGGCAAGACCCUCAAGCACCUGAACCUCCAUGCCUGCCGGCAUAUCUCUCGCCAGGCUUUUGAGGAGGUCUUUGGGUCGGAGAAGCGCUACCCGCUCCUGACUAACCUCGAGGUCAGCUUCUGCGAACAGGUCACCGACUUUAUUGUGGGGAGCAUCUUCCGAUCCUGUCCCAACUUGAAGAACCUGAACGUCUUUGGUUGCAUGAAGGUCAGGGACGUCAAGGUGCCUCGUGGCAAGAUCCUGGUCGGGGUGCCAAAUGCAGUUGGCAUGGUCAUCGACGGCGAUGCCUGA